UGGACCAUAUGAUAGUUGGACUUUGUGAACAGGACCUUUGAAACUCACCAUGAAAGCAGAUGCAAGAGUUCCAACCUACCGACAGUGAAAAGAAAACUGGGAUACUUCGGAGUUUUAAAAACGCCUCAGGUUGAAGUGAAAGAAAAUUUGAAGGACACCAUCUUCAUUGCUCUCCCAGCUGCGUUUUGUUUUCAGUCUGAGGUAAAAUGUCUUCUCGAUCAGAAAAGGAUCUGUCCUGCACACUCUGUCACGACACCUUCAAAGAGCCCAUUGAGCUGGAUUGCAGCCACAGCUUCUGUAAGGACUGUCUACAGCGAUGGUGGUCUGAGAAACAAACACACAUGUGCCCGCUUUGUAAGGAGAUAUCUUCGUUAAAAGAUCCAACCUGUAACAUGGAGUUAAAGAAGCUGUGUGAAGCUUUCUUACUGGACAUGGAUCAAAAAGCCUCUGCAAAGUCUGGUGCUUUCUGCAGUCUGCAUUCUGAGAAACUCAAACUGUUUUGUUUCGACCAUCAGCAGCCUGUGUGUCUCAUUUGUCGAGAUUCAAAAACACACAAUGACCACAGAUUCAGACCCAUCGAUGAAGCUGCAGAGGAUCACAGAGAGGAGCUCCGGAAAUGCCUGAAGCUCUUAAAAGAGAAACUUCAGCUUUUUAGACAAGUUAAGGGAAACUUUGUCCAAACAGAAGAGCACAUUAAGAUCCAAACCCAGUGCACAGAGAAGCAGAUUACUGAGCAGUUCAAAAAGCUUCAUCAGCUUCUGGAAGAAGAAGAAAAGGCCAGGAUAACUGUUCUGAGGGAGGAAGAAGAGCAGAAGACUCGUAUUAUGAAUGUGAAGAUUAAGGAUCUGAGCAGGAGCAUAACAGCUCUUUCAGACACAGUCACAAUGACAGAGAAGCAGCUGACAGCUGAAGACAUCUCAUUCCUGCAGAACUACAAGCCUACAAUCAAAAGAGUCCAUCAGCAACCCCUGCUGGUUGAUCCACAGCCGGUUUCAGGUGCUCUGAUCGAUGUGGCCAAACAUCUGGGCAACCUGAAGUUUAACGUGUGGAACAAGAUGAAGGAAAUGAUUCCCUACUCUCCUUUGAUUCUGGAUCCAAACACAGUUGAACCACACCUCAUCUUGUCUGAUGACCUGACCAGUGUGACAUUUGGACAAAAGCAGAAAGUUCCUGGCAAUCCAGAGAGGUUUGAGCAACGACACUGUGUCCUGAGCUCUGAUGGCUUUAACUCAGGGACUCACAGCUGGGAUGUUGAGGUCAGAAAUGAGCAGUUCUGGGGCUUAGGUGUGUUACAGGAGUCUGUUCAAAGAAAAGGAAAAGUACACACUGGAUACUGGGGAAUUUGUCUCUUCAAUGAUAAAUACACAGCAGUCUCUCCGCCACUUCCAAACAGAGUUCUCCCAGUGAAGAAGCUCCAGAGGAUCAGAGUCCAGCUGGACUGGGACCAAGGGCAGUUAGCAUUUAUUGAUCUUGAUGCAAACAAACACAUUUACACCUUCAAACACACUUUCACUGAGAAGCUGUUUCCUUACAUUUCCACCAAGAAUGAAUUACCAAUGAAGAUAAUACCAGUUACAGAACAGCAUAAUGCCCCUUUAGCAGCAGAUUUUUAGGAGGGGUUUAUUUAUGAUAAAAAACCUUUGUAUAAUAUAAAAAAUUAUAUAAAGAAAUUCUUAUUUUUUACUUAUCUUUCAUUGCAGAUAGUAUACAUACAAUAUAUUCACUGUUUUGUCUCAACAACUUCCUUGCAUUUAUUAAUAUACUGUUUGUGCAUUUCAGGCCAGAAACAGGCAGGAAAAUCUAGUUGAAUGAAAGUAAACUUCCACCCCGCCGGUAAUGGAAUUAGAGACUUGUUACAGAAUUUUAGCUCAUGUUGUGUUUUAAAGUCUAUAGAUUUGUUGCACUAAAGAUUAUGCAUAUCACAUAUCCUAAAUAAAUUUUGACUACAGGUUUACUUUUAAAGUUGUGCCUUUUGAGUUUCUGUAUUUGAUCUGUACAUUUUUGUUUGAGUGUUUGUACAAUGUUUGCAUUCAUGAAUGGCAAAGAAGGAAUAAAUCAUUAAAGAAAAGUUUAAAACUUAAAAUAAUACAAUAAAAUGUGUCUGGGAUUUUUUUUUUUCAUCAGUAAACACUAUGAAUAAAAUAAAGAUAUUUUAAUAUUACAAAAACUGUCAAAUUAAUACACUAGUUUAGAUACUUAAUUCUGCAAGUAGUGGACACUGGUGCAGCGAUCUGCACUCAUUACUGAUCUCAUUGCAAAGAGAAAUCACUUUUUUCUUCAAAUGUCUUAAAUCCUCUUCUAAAACAGUUCAUGACAAACUAUUUUUCAGCUACAUAAAAGUGGGUAAUGGGAUUCAUGGGACACAAAGUAGGAUUCAAAUUUACUGGCUGAUAUGUUGUGGUUCAUACAGUCAACAUCCACUUAAGUUAUCAUGAUGAAACUAAAAUAACCAACGU